CACAUUGUCCAUAUAUAUUUGCGUUCAUCGAUAGUUGCAACAACUGAGCAGUUCAGAGACCCAGCCAUGUCUAUGUCCCACCUGUACGGACGGCAGGGAGAGGAGGAGGAUGAGGGGGUGGAGGUGGAGAAGUUUGAGGUGACAGAAUGGGACCUGGCCAAUGAGUUUAACCCGGAGCGCCGCAGACACAGACAGACCAAAGAGGAGGCCGUCUAUGGCAUCUGGGCAGAGAGGGGAGACUCCGACGAUGAGAGACCCAGCUUCGGAGGGAAGAGGUCUAAGGACUACUCUGCCCCUGUGAGUUUUGUGAGUGCUGGGCUGCGCAAGUCUGCAGCAGAGGAGAAGCAACAGCAGCAGAUAGGUGGAGGGUCAGAUGACUCUGACAAUGACAACACUCCCCCUGCCCAACCCCCACCCCGCGACACUGCACCUAAGAAAUUACAGACGGGGGGUCAUUUCCGUGGCAACAGCCAGUCCCAGAGGACUGGGUUUGCGGCUGGUAUCCGAGCUGGAGGAGACUUGGGCACUUGGGAGAAACACACCAAGGGGAUUGGCCAGAAACUCCUCCAGAAGAUGGGCUAUGUACCAGGGAAAGGACUGGGGAAGAAUGCCCAGGGUAUUUUGAACCCCAUCGAGGCGAAGCUUCGGAAGGGAAAGGGGGCGGUGGGUGCCUACGGCAACGAGAGAACCAAACAGUCACUACAGGACUUCCCUGUGGUUGACUCUGAGGAGGAGGAGGAGAAGGAGUUCCAGAGGGAGCUAGGUCAGUGGCGUAGGGACCCUGCAGGUGGUGGAGGGAAGAAGAAACCAAAGUAUUCCUACAGGACUGUAGAGGAGCUGAAGGCUAAAGGCAAGCUGGCUGGACGGACCACACAGACACCCGCUGGAGAAUUGGCUCAGGUCAAGGUGAUAGAUAUGACAGGCAGGGAACAGAAGGUGUAUUACAGCUACAGUCAGAUGACUAACAAACUCAGUGUACCAGAGGAGGCUCCACUGAGCGUGGCCACACGUGAGCAGAAGACGUCUGGCUUUGCCCUGCCAGAGCUGGAGCACAACCUGCAACUACUGAUCGACCUGACGGAACAAGACAUACUACAGUCCUCGCGGCGUCUGCAGCAUGAGCGUGAUGUGGUGGUGACUCUGAGCCACGAGAGCUCCGGUCUGCAGACGAGGCUCGAGACGGAACGGGAUGCCAUCCAGAGGCUAGAGGCAGUACUGCAGCUGGUGGAUCGCUUUCAGAGCGGGGAGACUGCACCUGGGGUAGGACCCAGCCUGCAGGAGUGUGCUGGUGUUUUUGAGACUCUACAGAGUGAGUUCUAUGAGGAGUACAAGACUCUAGGUUUGGGAGAUCUGGCUGCAGCUGUAGUACAUCCACUACUCAGAGAGAAACUACGUACAUGGGAUCCUCUCAAGGACAGUUCAUAUGGUCUGGAGGAGGUGGGUCAGUGGCGAGCCAUCCUGGAGUCUGAUCAGCUUCACCACGCCAACGCCCCUGAAGCACACAUGGACCCCUACCACAGGCUGCUGUGGGAGGUGUGGAUCCCCGUGCUGCGAGUGUGUGUGUCGGGGUGGCAGCCUCGUAUGGUAGGACCCAUGGUGGACUGUGUGGAGGUCUGGACCCCUCUGCUGCCCCUCUGGAUACUAAACCACCUCCUGGAACAACUCCUCUUCCCCAGGCUGCAGAGAGAGGUGGACAGCUGGAACCCCCUGACCGACACAGUGCCCAUCCACUCCUGGCUCCACCCCUGGCUGCCUCUGCUCCAAUCACGGCUGGAGCCUCUCUACCCGCCCAUCCGCAGUAAACUGGCCAAUGCGCUGCAGCGCUGGCACCCGAGUGACGGCUCCGCCCGCCUCAUCCUCCAACCAUGGAGAGACGUGUUCACGCCCGGUGCCUGGGAGGCCUUCAUGGUCAAAAACAUAAUCCCUAAACUAGCUCUGUGUCUGGGGGAGCUGGUAAUAAAUCCUCACCAGCAGCAGAUGGAGCCGUUCAACUGGGUGUUGGACUGGGAGGGCAUGCUGUCUCCCUCCAGCCUCGUAUCACUGCUGGACAAACACUUCUUCUCCAAGUGGCUACAGGUGCUGUGUUCGUGGCUUAGUAACAGUCCUAACUAUGAGGAGAUUACAAAGUGGUACCUGGGCUGGAAGUCCAUAUUCAGUGAUGCUGUUCUGGCUCAGCCACUCGUUAAGGACAAGUUCAACGAAGCUCUGGACAUCAUGAACCGCGCUGUCUCCUCUGGCCUUGGUGGAGGGUACAUGCAGCCUGGUGCCCGUGAGAACAUAGCAUACCUCACACACACAGAGCGUCGUAAAGACUUCCAGUACGAGGCUCUGCAGGAGCGCCGGGACGCUGAGAGCGUGGCGCAGCGAGGCAUCGGUGCCAGCCUGCCCACCAACUUUAAAGACCUGAUCCAGACCAAGGCUGAGGAGAACAACAUUGUCUUCAUGCCGCUGGUUGCCAAACGCCACGAGGGCAAACAGCUGUACACCUUUGGACGUAUCGUCAUCUACAUAGACAGAGGAGUGGUCUUCGUACAGGGAGAGAAGACCUGGGUCCCCACGUCCCUACAGAGUCUCAUAGAUAUGGCCAAGUGAUAGAGGGAGUACAUAGAGAUGGAGAUAAGGUGAAUGCUGUGUAGAGGCAGCACGCUUGUCAUUUGUUUGUAAUAAGUUUGAUAUUCAGCUGGUGAACACUGAAAUAUGUAAUUGGAACCAUGAAUAAAUGAUUUGACUUUC